AAGAUAAGGAUGAUAUUCUUCCAUUCUCUAGUAUACAAGAUACAAGCAAUGGAGAAGAACAAGAUAUAAACCCCAAGAUGGAAAUUAAAGUACGAAAUGUAUUCAAAUGUACAAUACACAAUAGCUUGACAUCCGAGGAUGCAUUUCCUGAACUGUUCAUUUGCUCUCAAAUCUACAAGAAAAUAUUGUUUGUUGGGUGUCUCCCUUGCCAGUUGCACUUGACAAAGAAAAGAAGGAUGGAGGCUUAGAAACCCCUCAGCAGGCUUUGAUAACUAGUGGAGAACAAGAAGGUCGAGAGGAAACAAUAAGGUUUCCUUGUGAUGAGUGCCAAUAUGUUGGAAUGAAUGCAAAAGCUCUGAAGAGACAUGUUGAAAGUAAACACAAGGGAGUGAGAUAUCCUUGUGAAAAGUGUGAAUACGCUGCAACUACCGUAGGUAAUCUUAGAAUUCAUGUUAAUACAAGACAUGAAGGGGUUAGAUAUCCAUGUGAUAGAUGUGAAUACACUGCUUCAAGAAAAAGUUAUCUAACAUUUCAUAUAGAGAGUAUACACGAGGGAGUGAGAUAUCCUUGUGAUAAAUGUGAUUACACCGGUGUUAAAAAGGAAGAUCUAAGAAGCCAUAUAAUGUCUGUUCACGAAGGAGUGAGAUAUCCCUGUGACCAAUGCAGUUAUGAAGCAACUACACCUAGGGGUCUGAGGAGUCACAUAAAAAGUAAACAUCAAGGAUAUAACCAUUUUUGUGUCCAGUGUGAUUAUUCCGCAGCUACAGCACGCACUUUGAAGAAACAUGUUGAAUCUAAACAUGAUGGGAUAAGAUAUCCUUGUGAUCAGUGUGAUUACGCAUCAACCUCUGCAAUCAAUCUGAAGCAGCAUGUUUACAGCAAACAUGAAAACGUGAUGUUUCCAUGCAAUGAGUGUGAGUUUUCUGCCACCACGGCAAGUUAUCUUCAUCAUCAUAAAAAGAGUAAGCACGAAGGAGUAAGAUAUCCUUGCACUGAAUGCGAUUAUAUGGCAAAUAAACCAGGAGAUUUAAGAAAACACAAUGAUAGCAAACACGGAGGCCCGAAAAGAUAUUCCUGUUCACUUUGUGAUUACAAGGCUUAUCAGAGUGGGCAUUUGAAGUUACAUAUUGAGACAGUUCACGAGGGAAUAACUUAUCCUUGCGAUAAAUGUGAAUAUGUUGCAACCACAAAAAGCAAUCUAAUACAUCACACUAAAGCAAAGCAUGAUGGCGUGAGAUAUCCAUGUGACCAGUGCAAUCAUUCUGCAACUUCAACUGUGCAUCUGAAGUCUCACAUUCAGAGUAAACACAAGAAUGAUAAAUACCCGUGUAUGGAUUGUGAAUAUGUUGGAACUACCGAAAGGUAUUUAAAGCGACACGUUAAAACUAAACACAAUCUAGUAAAUUAUCCUUGUGAUAAAUGUGAAUACAGUGCAACAAGCUUAUCACAUUUAAAAAAGCAUCGUCUCACAAAGCAUUGACUAUUUUACAGUGCUUUUUGGAUCCGGAUCCGGAUCCGCAAAAAUAUGCGGAUCCACGGAUCCGGAUCCAAGAGAUAAAAUAUCAAUAAAAAA